UUAGCUUUACUUAAGCGGUUUAGAAAAUAACUCAUCAUGAAGAAAGUAAACACCGUCUCAUUUCUGCUCGCAAUGGCAUAUCAAUUGCAGAUGUUAACAACUGCAGUGGCUCAAGAUAGUAUGUGGGAUCAGGCUGAAACAUCACUAAACGAAUAUCGGGAAAAAGUAAACGAGGGCUUGAGCAGUGCUUUUAUAAACAACUACACAGCUUUGGCUCAAACGGCUGAUUCCCUAAUUGCAGCAGCCAUUAUCAGCGGUAAUUCAGGAAUCGUCAGUACACUGGAAGAAGCUUUGUCCGAAUACAGAUCAAUCAAACAAGCAGCUGAAGACGCGAGAAUCGAUAUAACCAUUUGCGUUAACAAUUUCGAACAAUUAAUUGUCGACGUCCGCAGAGAAAAUUCAGUAGGUUUGAAUGAAUGCGUACAGAAUCUUAUAGAUCCAAUUCUAACAUAUAUAUCUGGGGCUAGUACUGGACUAGCGGAACGUUAUUUAGGUGACGUAUACCAAAACGAAAAAUUGAUCCUGAACUGUGGACCAUUGGAUGAUGACUGUCUAAGUAAUCCAGUGUAUGUCCUCGUUCAGGCAAACGCUCGCGUUCAGGGUGAAAUUGCCAAUGACCUGGCGAGAGAUGUGGGCCAGUUUGGCAUGUACGAAAGUCAACUCAACGCUUGUACAACAAAAUAUGUGUCCAGCAGCCACGUGAAAUGGAACCAGCUGGUUGGAGAUUUUAGAAGCUGUGUAGAAGCUUAGUCCUAAUAAAUGGAACUAUGUAUUUUAUUUUGUACGAUGGUUGUAUAAAUAUAUAACGUGCAUGAUAUUUAA